AUGGCGGCCGAUCGCUCACCGCAGCCUCCCAAGGAGGCGUGGGAGCGUCGGAAGCACGUCAUCCGAAGAUGGUACUUGACCGAGAAUCGAACAUGUGAAGAUAUCCAGAGAACGCUCGAAAACGAAGGCUUCAAAGUGAGCGAGAGGCAGAUCAAGAACAGGCUUAGCGAAUGGAAAUUCGAGCGCAAAAAGACCCCUUUUCAGCAGUAUGUGGCCAUGUUGGUCGUCGCCGACUAUUACAAGUCUUGCGGCGUGGACAUCGACUUUGAGGUUCCGAAAAGGGAGGAACGAGUGACUUACACCACACAGAAGGUCAGGAAAGAAUGUGAGAGAGUCAAGAAAAGAUACGCUACCCGUGGUCAGCCUUUGCACCUACCCUCUCUCUCUCACGCUCAGGCGAUCCUGGAACAGAACAAAAUCUCCUGGAGUGAAAAGCAUUUGGUGGUGCGGCCGAAUGUCUUUGAACAGGACCAUCCCUACAACGGGCUUCUGUCGCCCUUUGUCAAGCCUGCCGCCAUGCUCCAGCUGUUCAAAUUGGCAAAUCCAUCUGGAGUCUAUGUCCUAUGA